AAUCCAAGCGGCAGUCGACGGCGACGGCGACAGCGUGCUACAAAAGCCAUUGCGAGCGUCUACGCGGCGCUCGAAAACACAGGAAAACUACAAAAUUCAAAACACAACAAACACCCAGCGAAAAUCGAGAAAAACAAACCCUACACGGUAUACAAUAUUCGAGAAGACCGCUUGCUUAAAAAAAGUUACCAUAGUUUUGAAGAAUUUCAGUUUUAAGUUGGUAUUUUUUCCAGUGAGUGUGUGUGCGCGGUUUUUCUUAAAAACCUAUUUUCGAAAAAAAAAACCUUAUUUAAGGCACAGUUUUCUGCAUUUAAGAACCUGUUCCCUUGCUAACUAUACGGCCACCUGGCAGCUGAUUCGAAAAAUAAAACACAAAUUUUAAGACGAAGAAGAAGCAGCCCCAAAACAAACACACACCCACACACGCAAAAGCCAUGCUGUGACACAAAAUAAAACAAUACGAAGACAGGCAAAACAAAAAAAAACCGAAGAAGAGCCUAAAAGACAACGGAAUUCUGCUUGAUAUGCAUCGAAAGUUGAAGGGCAAGAGAAUACGAAACAAGACAAGAAUCGGCAAAAGAAAGUUGAGAACGCGUCUAGCAUAACACCCAUUUUUGCGAUACGACCAACAACACUGCCGGAGGAGAAGCUCCUGAUCCUGAAAGAUCCCGACUCCUGACUCCUCAUUCCUGAUUCCUGAUUCCUGAUUCGCCCGCCGAGACCCAAACUGUGCCAAAAUGUACAAGUUGCUGGGUAGCUUGAAGAGCUACCUCAAGUGGCAGGACAUCCAGACGGACAACGCCGUCUUCCGGCUGCACAACUCCUUCACCACGGUGCUUCUGCUCACCUGCAGUCUGAUCAUCACCGCCACCCAGUAUGUGGGCCAGCCGAUCAGCUGCAUCGUCAAUGGCGUUCCGCCGCACGUGGUCAACACGUUCUGCUGGAUCCACAGCACCUUCACCAUGCCGGACGCCUUCCGCAGACAGGUUGGUCGUGAGGUGGCCCAUCCCGGUGUGGCCAAUGAUUUUGGUGAUGAGGAUGCCAAGAAGUACUACACCUACUACCAGUGGGUGUGCUUCGUACUCUUCUUCCAGGCCAUGGCCUGCUAUACACCCAAAUUCCUGUGGAAUAAAUUCGAGGGCGGCCUGAUGCGCAUGAUUGUGAUGGGCCUGAAUAUCACGAUUUGCACUCGCGAGGAGAAGGAGGCGAAACGCGAUGCCCUGCUGGACUAUCUAAUUAAGCACGUGAAGCGCCACAAGCUGUACGCCAUUCGGUAUUGGGCCUGUGAAGUUCUCUGCUGCAUAAAUAUCAUCGUGCAGAUGUAUCUGAUGAAUCGCUUCUUCGACGGCGAGUUCCUCUCGUACGGCACCAACAUAAUGAAACUUUCCGAUGUCCCGCAGGAGCAGCGGGUGGACCCCAUGGUCUAUGUGUUCCCUCGGGUCACCAAGUGCACCUUCCACAAGUAUGGUGCCUCCGGAUCGCUGCAGAAGCACGACUCCCUCUGCAUCCUGCCACUGAACAUCGUGAACGAGAAGACCUACGUGUUUAUCUGGUUCUGGUUCUGGAUUUUGCUCGUUCUGCUCAUCGGACUGAUGGUGUUCCGUGCCUGCAUCAUCUUCAUGCCGAAAUUCCGGCCCCGUCUGCUGAACGCCCGCAAUCGCAUGAUUCCGAUGGAGAUCUGUCGUUCGCUAUCCCGGAAAUUGGAUAUCGGCGACUGGUGGCUCAUCUACAUGCUGGGCCGCAAUCUCGAUCCGGUCAUCUAUAAGGAUGUGAUGAGCGAGUUUGCCAAGCAGGUGGAGCCCUCCAAGCACGAUCGUGCCAAGUAGACAGGAUAUGAGAGAGAUGCCCCGAUAUGCCCUACGAUAUAUCAAAUACCCGGCCUGUUGUCCCCAUCAUUUUGUCCGAUACCCCAAAUUCCAAAUUCUGUUUUGGAUUAUUAUUUUUAUUUAGCACAAAUCAUACUACUUAGUUGAAACUCAAGCCCUGGACAGAGCCACGCUCCCCGACGCCCUUUUUUGGUAGUUCUGUGAUUAAGCCCUGACCUUUGACCCCUUUGACCCCUUUUCGACCUAACCCCUACCCGCUAACCCCUACUCCCUACCGCCAAACCUAAAACUAUCAUAAACAUGGAUUAAUCAAUGAUCACAACUCGAAUCGCUUGGCAGAAAAGACAACCUUUUUUUAUUUUAAUUUUAUUUUUUGAUUUUCCAUCAAUUAUAACAAAACAAAAGAAAAAAAAGAAAAGAGAUUUUCCUUGUGUUUUUUCUGCAGACAAAAUCAUUUUUUUUUCCUAAUUUUAAACUUUAAUUUAAUACCUAGCUUUUAUUUAUAAAUAGACAACAACACUAAAACAAAAAAGAGAAUUCCCACAAAAAAAAGAAAAAGAAAAUAAUAAGAUGCACUAUUUUUGCAUGAAAUUGAGUAAUGUUUUGAACGCUUCGGAACCAACCGAUAAUAUAAUAACAAAUAAAUAUUGCUUUUGAGUCUUUCAUAAUAA